CUGCUUCUGAGCAUAAAAUUGCCCGAAGCCGACGUCGUCAACAUGUUUCGCUCCCUCGAAGGCAACCGCAGCGUCGGUAUGAUCGAGUUCCGUGGCAUCACCUUCAGGAAAAGGGCCGCCAAAGCGCUGGGGCGAUUCGUCGGGCGCAACCGAGCGUUAACAUUUCUCACCGUUCACCUCCAAGAGAGCGACCCCGACGUCGACCGCAUGGCCCAGUUGCGCAGCAUCUGCCGCGAGCUCAAGGAGGCCCUUCUCCGAAACCGCUUCGUUAUCAACAUCGAAUUGUACCUAGCCGAAGGUGACCGCUCCAACCACCCCCUCAUCAGGGAGGCUCUCAACCGUAACGUGAUGCUCGUCAACGAAGCGGUCCGGUUCGUCAGCGGCUCCCUGGAAAAAAAACACGCCCUUGCCUUCGAGACCUUGAAGGACUGCUGCUCGGUGCAAUUAUCCCUGCGCGUUACGUUCAACAUAUCCGACGAGUCGGCGCUCGAGAAGAUCACCGAGGCACGCGAGCGGCUCGCCUUCAACUACUUCAUUAUCGCGGGCGUCGUCAAAGCCAAGAUAGUCUGCCUCCCGCACCGCAAGAGAAAGACUACAUUCGACAAGCUUGGCAAAGACAUGCAGGCGCGCAUCUGCUCCUACUUGAGCUUGAAUGACGUGGUGGACAUCUGAAGGGGCACAGUUUUUCAUUAGGUCGCACCUCCAGCUUCUGAAAAUGGCGCUAGUGCGCGUGAGCGCGCACACAAGGCCGAUGCAUGGGAAAACUUCGAUGCCAAACCAGUUGUUAAAACUGACACGUCGCAAAUGGGCGUACACUCUCUAUUUUAUUAGGUAGCGGUUCUAUAUCUUUUAAAUUCUGAAUUCGAAAAGACAAGUAUUUCGUUCUCAUUUGUGUCGCCGAAUGAUCUCUGCUAACUCCCCGUGGGAUUCAUUCCCUGAAGAACGUGUUAUAUCCAUAGGUUCCACUUACGAAUGCCACAUUUCGCAAAUGCCACCGCCGUGAAGGACACGUACUUGGCAUAACUUUUUCUGGCAGACACGCAUAAGUUGCUUGGCCGUAUGAUAUAUAAACCAUAGUUAGUGACAAAUUGCGAUACUCUGAGUACCUUGAAAAUUCUCAAGUCUCCCAGAACCGCUUGGCUCAUGUUAU